CGUACACAAGACCACUGCAAUCACACCACCACAAGGUCCCAAUAACCCUAGCUAGCCAGCCUGCAUUUCGAUCAAGCUAUUCAAUUCGCACAAGGCCAAUCGAUCGAUCGAUCAUAGUCCUAGUUUCUGCAUGAUGAUGAUGCAGCUCCUCCUAGUGAUCAUCAUAUUGUCCACAGUGAUGAUCUCCUCGUCCGAUGCUUAUUAUCAAUCAUGCAGAUGCUUGGGUGAUGGCAAGAACAACCAGACUUCCUGUGAUCAAGCGAUCGACGACUCCAUCAAAGGUUCAGGGCAGCUAAUUUUUCGACGCAUACAGCCGCCGAUCACUAGCGUCGCCUUUAAUGUGAGCUUCAUCGGAAGCCUCGCCUUCAUCCUCCGCCCAGUCCCAGCUGGAGGAGAAUAUAGCAAUAAUAGCGAUGCCUAUGGCUCCCUCGUGUUCUCCGGCAACACUUAUAAUAAAACGACGACGAUUAUUACUCAUUCUGACUGCUGCAGCACUGGCGACAGUAGUUCCAACGUUUUUGUUAAGAUGGGUGCAUUAAAAAAUGUUUCUACCUUUGGUGUAAACAUUACAAUCUCACGGAAGGCCUCCAAUAUUCAAAUAGUACAAGGGAACAACUACACCAUAUCUGUAUGGAUUGAUUACAAUCGUGCAGCUGAAGCUGCAGAUCGCAGCAUAUCGGUCUUCGUUGCCAAGGCAAGAGAGACGAAACCUAAGGAAGCCAUAAUCGUCAACAAGGACGACAAUAUCAGCAAAGGCGCAACCCUGCAAGGCUGCAUCUUCUCGUCGAUGGACCUGCAACGACUCCAUCAGAUCAGUGACAUGGAUGUGACAUUCGCCUAUGGCCAACAUGUUAGCCAUAGCCCAUCGAGGUCGUUGCCGACCAUACUGGCAUCAGUUCUCGGACCAGCAGGCGGUGCAGUCAUUGCUGCAGCUGUGACAUGGUUAUACUUCAACUCCUCCUACAGGAGGUGGAAGAAGGACUUCGAUCAGCUGGCCAAGUCCAUGCAAAGCCUCCCCGGGGUUCCUGUCAAGAUCAGCUUCGCCGAUAUCCGCAAGGCCACCAACAACUUCCAUGACACCAUGAAGCUGGGCAGCGGCGCAUUUGGCGCCGUCUACAGAUGCAAGCUCCAGUCCUUGAACUUGAAGGAGCAACCGGUGGAGGUAGCAGUCAAGAAGUUUACACGUGCCGACACCCGGUCCUACCAAGACUUUCUCGCCGAGGUCAGCAUCAUCAAUCGUCUGCGCCACAAGAGUAUUGUCCCUCUCAUCAGUUGGUCAUACAACAAAGGAGAGCCCCUACUUAUCUAUGAGUACAUGCCCAAUGGUAGCUUAGACAGGCACAUAUUCGCUAGAACUGACCAGCUGCAUGGUGGCCACCAUACAACGAUCCGGCAAUGGGACACCCGCUACAACAUUGUCAGGGAUAUUGCCACCGGCUUGCACUACGUUCAUCACGAGUAUGAGCCCAAGGUGCUCCACCGCGACAUCAAGGCUAGCAACAUCCUGCUUGACUCCACCUUCCGUGCCCGCCUUGGUGACUUUGGUCUCGCCUGCACCGUCGCCGUCGGCCGGAGCUCCGUCUCGUGUGGUGUCGCAGGAACAUUCGGCUACAUCGCCCCGGACUACGCAAUUAACCUGAAAGCAACGCAGCAGACUGACGUCUAUGCGUUUGGGGUGCUGGUUCUUGAGAUUGUUACUGGCAAGAAGGCGAUGCUGAAUGACGCACAAUUUGGCCAUAUCACAGAUUGGGUCUGGCAUCUCCACCAACGGGGGAGGCUCCUUGAAGCUGUAGAUGGCGUGCUUGGCACUGCCGGCCAUGGUGAGUUCGAUAUCGAAGAGGCAAGACGCUUGCUUCUUCUAGGCUUGGCGUGCAGCAACCCGAACCCGUCGGACCGGCCAACGAUGGUGGUGGCGGUGCAGGUGAUUGCAAAAUUAGCACCGGCACCGGAUGUGCCACUUGAGAAGCCGACUGUUGUGUGCUUUCCUCCUCUAACUUUGCCAGUAGGGUCUUCAUCAUCUGAAUGCACUGAUUAUUACGUCACGGCAAAGGGUAGUCUGCAGAUCAAGAGCUCAAUGGUAUAGACAGCUAGCAUGCAUCCCCAUAGGAUUGCAGGUAUAUAUGAAUUCUGAAAGCAGCUGAGAAUGUGAGUGUUGAUUGUAUUUGUAUUCAGUAACUUGCUAGUUACUUUAUCUCGUCCCCUUAGAUCUGUUUUAGCAUUGUGCAGAAAUAUCAUUUUGUUAUACUCGCUCUGUUUGUAAAUUUGUUUGGUGCUCCAUGGUGCCCGGGCUCCAUGAUUCAAAACAAGUUUGAACUGAAUUUAAACAUGUUUUUAUUACAAUUUUAUUCUAGGUAUA